AUGGCUUCUUCAUCCACGCAAAAAUUUGACACCCUACUUUCCACAACCAAAUAUCCUUCUUCCCGGCGAACGCCUUCGUUCUCUUCUUCUUCAUCGUCUUCGUCUUCAUCAGCAACACUGUCACCUUCACUUGGAUCCUCGCAUUUCCAAGAUGAUUCUCCUCUCAGUCCAGCUGCUCCAGUCCGGUUUUCAGGCGUACCGUUUUCUUGGGAAAGUUUACCUGGUAUCCCCAAGAAGCUUCAAAACCACAAGAAGAACGAAUCCAUCAAGUUGCUUCCAUUGCCACCUCCGGCUACUCCACCAACCUCCAGGAAGAAGAUAUUGGGAAGUUUGCUAUCCCGGAAGAAAACUUCCAUCGCCACCGCCGCCGCAGCUGCUGCUGAGAGUUUCCGAAAGGACCCAUUUUUCACGGAGUUGGUGGAAUGUUCCAAGGAUGACGACAACGACGACGACGAUAGCAAACUGUGGAGAGCAGCUGGACUAGGAGCUAAGGUUACAAGGAGUAUCAGCGACAGGUUCGGGUUCAUUAACCUUUGUUGUAAAAGAAGUUGUUCAGUUUCAGAAUCAAUAGUCUAUCUCCCGACGGCUAAUUAUGGCCUAAUUCAUCGUCCUUCUCGUUAAAUGCAACACCCAUUUGUUAUCAUCAGU